ACUUAAGAUAUUAUUACUACAAUAAACAAAUAUCUUAAAAAAAUAUAUAUUUAUUUGAUAAUGUUUGUGAAAUAUAAUAUAUAUUGUAUAUCUAUCAUUAAUUUUAAUUAGUUUAAACAUAAAACUACUUAAAACAAAUAAAAUAUAAACAUUUAUAUAUAAUUAAAAAAUAAAUAAAGAGUUUAAAUGGGUGGCGGUAACACAAAGUAGAAAAAAUUAACUUAAUAUGAAUUGACUGAAUUUACAAAUUAAACAAAUUUGACUUAUUAGUAAGUUGAAAAUCUUUACACGUUUUAUAAGAACAUAUCAGCUUCUUAGAAAGAUGAUGGUGUUAUUGACAUGUAGGAGUUUAGCAACUCUCUCUAUCUAACAAACUAGGAAUUUUCAGAGCAAGUUUUUAAUGUUUUUGACUUAAAUAAGGAUAGAGUUAUAAAUUUUAGAGAGUUUAUACUAGGAUUAGCGAAUUUAAUUAAUGAAAAAGUUGAAUAUAAGACCAGAUUCGUUUUUAAUCUUAUUUGCAAAUCUAAAACGAAUGUUGUUUCAGAUACACAAAUUUAUGAUUAUAUGAAAAAUUUGAUAAACUAGUUUCCAGGAGUUUAAAUAGAUGAUUAAGUUCUAUUUGAGUUGAUAAAAGAGUAGGUAAAAAAGAUUGUUUAGGAGUAUAAGCCUGAAGAAGAAGAAUAAAAAAAAUAUUAAAAUGAGGAAUUUAUGUAAAAUAUUGAAGAGAUACCAAAUGAAGUUAAUUUAAAAAAGAAUUAAUCACUAAUUUCUAUAUAAAAAAAUGAAGAUGAAGUUAUAAAAUACAAUGAACUUACUUAUUCUCAGUUUAAGUAAUUUGUUAUAUAAAAUCCUAACACACUUAAAUGGCUUUAAAUUGAUAAAAAUAAUAUAGCCUAAGGAGCAAACAAAUUGCUUGGAAAAAAAUGA